AUGUUCAAAACUACCAGGAGUUCAUCAUUUGAAGCGAUGCAAUCCCUUUAUUCUGGCUCGGACGUGGAAGCUAACAAAGCGAAUGCACUGCUUGUGGGAACAAACUCGCCGAAUCCCACUUGGUUUCAUUUCGUCGUAUCGAUACACGCAAUUUCGGCUCUUAGUCUAUGUGUUUUCACAGUGCUGGGCUAUGUUGCCAGUACCAUUCCGAUGACACUUGUUGUUCUCUUCAUCUUCCAGACGUUCAUGGCCAUUCUUGGUCUUGCAGCAAUUGAACAAAGUCGCCGAGAUUAUCGUUCAUUAUAUAUUGCUGUAAAUAUUGUAACUGCUGGGUCAGCUAUUAUCUGGUUUAAUCAGACAAGCUUUAAUUUUCAUUUCCAGUCACAGGAUCAACAAAAGGACAGCUCUAUAAUGAAAGUCAGUGCCAGUAUGACUGAAAGCGUACAACAACAGCAAAAUAUAACAGAAACAAGAAAUGAAGAAUUCCCAAAAAGAUCAAGGAUAGCAGCAGGGGCAGAAAGAGAUGGUGUGAAAGAAGGCAUAAAGCCAGUUGUCCAGUUGGAAGAAAUAAGUAAUGAAACAAAAAACAGUGCGGUGUCGUCAUACGUGAAUCAUCCAUCAGAAGGGCAUUGCCUUGUGAUUGGUAGUAAUUGGCGUGAAUUUUAUGCCAUACCAAUCUUGAACGCAUGCAAUGUUCCUCUAUGCUCAACUGGUCGAACUGGUCGUGAUCGCUUCCGCAACAGACUGCUUAUCAAGAAGUGUCGUAACAAGUAG